CCGGCUCAGAACGGGAGAGGCAGCCAGUCGAGUGCGGGCUUCGCGGGUCCAGCUGGGAGCCAGGACAGAGUCAAUCCACAGUCCAAGCAUCGGGGGACGACACGGCCAAGGGUCUCCAUUUUGAGGUAUUCUAACAGCUGAGUUUCUAUUAUCAUUUUUUAUCAUGGGCUUCUACCUGGCUCUUGCAUGGACCCUUCUGGUUGGGCCAUGGACCCCUAUGGGAGCUCAGAAACCCAUUUCAUGGGAGGUGCAGCGAUUUGAUGGGUGGUACAACAACCUUAUGGAACACAGAUGGGGCAGCAAAGGCUCUCGGCUGCAGCGUCUGGUCCCAGCUACCUAUGCAGAUGGCGUGUACCAGCCCUUGGGAGAACCACACCUGCCUAACCCCCGAGACCUUAGUAACACUGCCAUGAGGGGCCCUGCAGGGCAGGCCUCUCUGCGAAACCGCACUGUACUGGGCCUCUUUUUUGGCUACCACGUGCUGUCAGACCUGGUGAGUGUGGAAACGCCCGGCUGUCCCGCCGAAUUCCUCAAUAUCCACAUCCCACCCGGAGACCCCGUGUUCGACCCCGACCAGCGCGGGGACGUGGUGCUACCCUUCCAGAGGAGCCGCUGGGACCCGGAGACCGGACAGAGCCCCAGCAACCCCCGGGACCUGACCAACCAGGUGACGGGCUGGCUGGACGGCAGCGCCAUCUAUGGCUCCUCUCACUCCUGGAGCGACGCUCUGCGGAGCUUCUCUGGAGGACAGCUGGCGUCGGGGCGCGACCCCGCCUUCCCCCGGGACUCGCAGGACCCGCUGCUCAUGUGGACCGCGCCAGACCCCGCUACCGGGCAGCGCGGACCCCAGGGACUGUACGCCUUCGGGGCCGAGCGAGGGAACCGAGAGCCCUUCCUGCAGGCGCUGGGCCUGCUCUGGUUCCGCUACCACAAUCUGUGCGCGCAGAGGCUGGCGCGGGAGCACCCGCACUGGGGGGACGAGGAGCUGUUCCAGCACGCGCGCAAGAAGGUCAUCGCCACCUACCAGAACAUCGCUCUGUAUGAGUGGCUGCCCAGUUUCCUGCAGAAAACGCCCCCGGAGUAUGCAGGAUACCGCUCCUUUCUGGACCCCAGCAUCUCUCCGGAGUUUGUGGCGGCUUCUGAGCAGUUCUUCUCCACCAUGGUGCCACCUGGCGUCUACAUGAGAAAUGCCAGCUGCUAUUUCCAGAGGAUUGUCAAUCAGAACACAAGUUUCUCCAGAGCUCUCCGUGUCUGCAACAGCUACUGGAGUCGAGAGAACCCAAACCUAAAAAGUGCUGAAGAUGUGGAUGCCCUGCUGCUGGGUAUGGCCUCCCAAAUUGCUGAGAAAGAGGACCAUGUGGUGGUUGAGGAUGUGCGAGAUUUCUGGCCUGGGCCACUGAAGUUUUCCCGCACAGACUACCUGGCCAGCUGCCUGCAGCGGGGCCGGGAUCUGGGCCUGCCCUCUUACACCAAGGCCAGGGCAACACUGGGCCUGCCUCCCAUUUCCCACUGGCAGGACAUCAACCCUGCACUCUCUCGGAGCGAUGGCACUGUGCUGGAGGCCACAGCUGCCCUGUAUAACCAGGACCUGUCUCGGCUGGAGCUGCUCCCAGGGGGGCUCCUGGAGAGUCAUGGGGACCCUGGACCCCUCUUCAGCACCAUUAUCCUUGACCAGUUUGUGCGGCUACGGGAUGGUGAUCGCUACUGGUUUGAGAAUACCAGGAAUGGGCUGUUUUCUGAGGAAGAGAUUGCAGAGAUCAGAAACACUUCCCUACGGGAUGUCCUAGUGGCCAUCACCAAUGUGGACCCCAGUGCCCUGCAGCCCAAUGUCUUUUACUGGUUUGCAGGAGACCCCUGUCCACAGCCAAGACAGCUCAGCUCUGAGGGCCUGCCAGCUUGCAUCCCCCUCAUCGUUCGGGACUAUUUCGAGGGCAGUGGAUUUGGCUUUGGGCUCACCAUUGGGACCCUCUGCUGUUUCCCCUUAGUGAGUCUGCUCAGUGCCUGGAUUGUUGCCCGACUCCGGAUGAGGAAUUUCAAGAGGCUCCAGGGCCAGGACCGCCAGAGCAUCAUGUCAGAGAAGCUUGUGGGAGGUGUGGAAGCUUUGGAAUGGCAGGGCCACAAGGAGCCCUGCCGGCCUGUGCUUGUGCACCUACAGCCGGGACAGAUUCGUGUAGUAGAUGGCAGUCUCACUGUGCUCCGCACAGUCCAGCUGCGGCCCCCACAGCAGGUCAACCUCAUCCUGUCCAGCAACCGUGGUCGCCGUGCCCUGCUGCUUAAGAUCCCCAAGGAGUAUGACCUGGUGCUGCUGUUUAACCUAGAGGAAGAGCGGCAGGCACUGGUAGAAAACCUACGUGCAGCUCUGAAGGAGAAUGGGCUGAGCUUCCAGGAGUGGGAGCUUCGGGAGCAGGAGCUGAUGAGGGCAGCUGUGACACGGGAGCAGCGGAGCCAUCUCCUGGAGACCUUUUUCAGGCACCUUUUCUCCCAGGUGCUGGACAUUGACCAGGCAGAUGCAGGGACCCUGCCCCUGGACUCAUCCCAGAAGGUGCGGGAGGCCCUGACCUGUGAGCUGAGCAGGGCUGAAUUUGCCGAGUCCCUGGGCCUCAAGCCCCAAGACAUGUUUGUAGAGUCCAUGUUCUCUUUGGCUGACAAGGAUGGCAAUGGCUACCUGUCCUUCCGGGAGUUCCUGGACAUCCUGGUGGUCUUCAUGAAAGGCUCCCCUGAGGAGAAGUCUCGCCUUAUGUUCCGCAUGUAUGACUUUGAUGGGAAUGGCCUCAUUUCCAAGGAGGAGUUCAUCAGGAUGCUGAGGUCCUUUAUCGAGAUCUCCAACAACUGCUUGUCCAAGGCCCAGCUGGCUGAGGUGGUAGAGUCCAUGUUCCGAGAAUCAGGCUUCCAGGACAAAGAGGAGCUGACGUGGGAAGACUUCCACUUCAUGCUGCGGGACCAUGACAGCGAACUCCGCUUCACACAGCUCUGCGUCAAAGGGGUGGAGGUGCCUGAAGUUAUCAAGGACCUCUGCCGGCGAGCCUCCUACAUCAGCCAAGAGAAGAUUUGUCCCUCUCCCAGAGUGAGUGCUCGCUGUUCCCGCAACAACAUGGAAACUGAGUUGACACCACAGAGACUGCAGUGCCCCAUGGACACAGACCCUCCCCAGGAGAUUCGUCGGAGGUUUGGCAAGAAGGUAACGUCAUUCCAGCCCUUGCUCUUCACCGAGGCUCAUCGAGAGAAAUUUCAACGCAGCCGUCGCCACCAGACAGUGCAGCAGUUCAAGCGCUUCAUCGAGAACUACCGACGCCACAUCGGCUGCGUGGCGGUGUUCUACGCCGUCGCCUGGGCGCUUUUCCUGGAGAGGGCCUACUACUACGGCUUUGCAGCACACCACAUGGGUAUCGCGGACACCACCCGUGUGGGCAUCAUCCUGUCGCGGGGCACGGCAGCCAGCAUCUCCUUCAUGUACUCCUACAUCCUGCUCACCAUGUGCCGCAACCUCAUCACCUUCCUGCGGGAGACCUUCCUCAACCGCUACGUGCCCUUCGACGCCGCCGUGGACUUUCAUCGCCUCAUUGCCUCCACGGCCAUUGUCCUCACAGUCUUACACAGUGCAGGCCACGUGGUGAAUGUGUACCUGUUCUCCAUCAGCCCACUUAGUGUCCUCUCAUGCCUCUUUCCUGGCCUCUUCCAUGAUGACGGGUCUGAGUUCCCCCAGAAGUAUUACUGGUGGUUCUUCCAGACUGUACCAGGCCUCACGGGGGUCAUGCUGCUCCUGGUCCUGGCCAUUAUGUAUGUCUUCGCCUCCCACCACUUCCGCCGCCGCAGCUUCCGGGGCUUCUGGCUGACCCACCACCUCUACGUCCUAUUCUACAUCCUGCUCAUCAUCCAUGGCAGCUUUGCUCUGAUCCAGCUGCCCCGUUUCCACAUCUUCUUUCUGGUCCCUGCACUUAUCUAUGUGGGAGACAAGCUGGUGAGCCUGAGCCGGAAGAAGGUGGAGAUCAGUGUGGUGAAGGCAGAGCUGCUGCCUUCAGGAGUGACCCACCUGCGAUUCCAGCGACCUCAGGGCUUUGAAUACAAGUCAGGGCAGUGGGUGCGGAUCGCCUGCCUGGCUCUGGGGACUACUGAGUACCACCCCUUCACACUGACCUCUGCACCCCAUGAGGACACACUCAGCCUGCACAUCCGGGUGGCCGGGCCCUGGACCACUCGCCUCAGGGAGAUCUACUCACCCCCAACGGGUGACAGCUGUGCCAGAUACCCAAAGCUGUACCUGGAUGGACCAUUUGGAGAGGGCCACCAGGAAUGGCAUAAAUUUGAGGUGUCAGUGCUUGUGGGAGGAGGCAUUGGGGUCACCCCCUUUGCCUCCAUCCUCAAAGACCUAGUCUUCAAGUCAUCAGUCAGCUGCCAAGUGUUCUGUAAGAAGAUCUACUUCAUCUGGGUGACACGGACCCAACGGCAGUUCGAGUGGCUGGCUGACAUCAUCAGGGAGGUGGAGGAGAACGACUGCCAGGACCUGGUGUCUGUGCACAUCUACAUCACCCAGCUGGCUGAGAAGUUUGACCUCAGGACCACCAUGUUGUACAUCUGUGAGCGGCACUUCCAGAAGGUGCUGAACCGGAGUCUGUUCACAGGACUGCGCUCUGUCACCCACUUUGGGCGCCCCCCCUUUGAGCCCUUCUUCAACUCCCUGCAGGAGGUCCACCCACAGGUUCGAAAGAUUGGAGUAUUUAGCUGCGGUCCCCCUGGCAUGACCAAGAAUGUGGAAAAGGCCUGUCAGCUCAUCAACAGGCAGGAUCGAACUCAUUUCUCCCACCAUUAUGAGAACUUCUAGGACUACCUCCCUUGGGGCUCUGCCCACUGCCCAGCAGAGCAGAGGUCUGGGCCUACACCUCACCUCUGUCCUGCUUCUGGAUGUUUCAACCCUCUCCCCAUUCUGACCUCCCAACUCAGUCCAGAUGGCUCAGUCAUCAUCACAUGUGUGCUGUUUCCUAGGCUCAAGAGGUAUCUCAGCCUGGAGAACUGGGGAUGCUAUCUAGAAAUUAGAGUUUGGGAAAUAGGGGAGCUACUGGUUUGGGGCAAAGUGAAGCCUCUUCUUCCAGGCUAAGUUAAACAAAACAAAACAAAACAAAACAAAACAAAACCCAAAACUACAACUUGGAAGACAGGCUUACAAGGUGUGGGGGGGUGAGUGGUGAGGGAGAGAAUGUGUGUGUGUGUGUGUGUGUGUGUGUGUGUGUGACUAAGGAUGAAUGGGUACACAGAUGCUGGCAUCUUAGAAUCCUCCCCACUCCUGACUUCCCCCUCUUCUGGGCUCUCCAAUUUCAAAAGGGCUGGCAAAUGCCUUGGAGAGGGUAGAGGCUGGACCCAUAUGGAGAAUUUACAGAAACUUUCCCUCAGCAUCCCAGUCUAACAGCACAACUGUGACCUUUUCUCCCAAGUUUUUAAAUAUGUAGUGUAGUCAGACCCAGGCCUAAUACCUAUCCAUGCAGUGCUCUUCAGCCCUCUUCUCCCAGCUCCAGCAGUCUCUUUUACAAAUAAAUCACUUUUCCACUU